GACGACUUGGACGACCACAGCCAACAUGAACAACCACGACGCUCAACCCUCGCCCGCACAGGCAUACGAGACCGCCGGGAACCCCACUGACAAGAGCGCAAGCGAGCAGUCCAUGGCUCAGCUCAACUCCAAAACCGAUGCCGACAAUGCAGUAGCCCACCGCGAAGCGAACGAGCCCCAUCUGUCGGACGAUCAAGCGACGAAAACAUCCAGAGCGCGUGGCAUCCACGGUGCACCACCAGGAGAAGAAGUCCACGGCUAUACACAAGAGCAACUUGAUACCCAAGAGUUGACAGCCGCGCAAAUGGGAGCACCGGGCGAGGACAAGGUUAUCGACGCCGUCAACCGGAAGCCUGGCGCGACUGGCGGUGAGCAGGGGUUGGAGACGGAUCUGGAUAAGAAGAAGCAGGAGCAAUCCGCGGCCAGGGAGAAGGUCCAGAAGGAAGAGCAGCACGAGGUCGAUGUUGCGGGAGUGUUAGGACAGAGGGGCGGUCCGGCUAAUCCAGUGGACAAGGGCGGCUACCCCAAUGGUGGAAGCUAGAGGUCAUCAUGCUGGAUUUUGUGGGCGUAGGAGAGGAACAAGCAUGAGCACAAUCAUGGCGUUGGACGAAGUUGGUC